AUGUCAGUCUUCACAGUGUUUCGUCGCAGUUUAUUGCAACGUCCUGUUGCGAUCCAACGUUGGAAGUCAUUCCACAGUACAGCUCAUGUUUUGGCUCCCAAGGUGAUUGCUACGCGUGUUUUGCCACAACAAUCACAAGCACGUCUCCUCUCCGAAAACUUCGACUUGACACAAUGGCAACAAGAUUGUCUCAUGCCCCGCGAAGAACUCUUGAAAAAAGUUAAAGGCGCGGAGGGGUUGCUCUGUGUUCUCGGUGAUAAGAUUGACAAGGAAGUCUUUGAAGCUGCUGGACCGAGCUUGAAAGUGGUGACUACAAUGAGCGUGGGUUACGACCACAUUGACCUUGAAGCCGCUAAAGCUCACAACGUCAAGAUUGGAUAUACUCCCGAUGUGUUGACCGAUGCUACUGCAGACUUAACGGUUCUCUUAACUUUAGCAGCAGCACGGCGGAUGAAAGAAGGCAUGCGUGCUGCUGAAACAGGCGAGUGGCGUGAAUGGCGGCCAAACUGGCUCUGCGGAUAUCAAUUCGCAAACAAGACUCUAGGUGUUGUCGGUAUGGGAAGAAUUGGUCAAGCAGUCGCAGAGCGUCUCCAAGCUUUCGGUGUGAGCAGAGUGCUUUACUGGGGUCGCAAGGAAAAACCAGAAUUACAAGGAAAAGCCGAAUUCUCUUCAUUUGACAGACUCUUGGCCGAGUCAGAUUACGUCGUAGCAUGUUGUGCGUUGACUCCUGAGACCGCCGAAAUGUUUGAUUAUGAUGCUUUCAGCAAGAUGAAAAAGACAGCCAUCUUUGCCAACUCUGCUCGUGGCGGCGUAGUCAAGCAAGAUGACCUUGUACGUGCUCUUCAGGACAAUGUAAUUGCAGGAGCGGGUUUGGAUGUUACUACACCAGAACCACUUGAUACGGAUCAUCCGCUUUUUAAGCUUGCCAAUUGUGUGAUCUUGCCCCACAUCGGGAGCGCCACAAUCGAGGCUCGCGAGGUGAUGGGUGAUAUCUGUGUGGAUAACAUUCUCCAAGGACUGAAGAAGGAGCAGCUACGAUGCGAGCUCAAGUUCUAA